AGUUGACACGGAUCAAUCGUGUCAAAUUCGCAAACACGCUGGUUCCGCACGCACGCACACGACACGAGCGAAAACCCAACCUCGUGAGACGUCUGUCUACUCGCAUGCUUCACUCGCUCGCACGCUCACUCAUCCCUAACCGGCCGGACUUCUUCCCUUUCCCGCUGCCGGACACUAGGAGUCACCGCAGUUCCCUAGUCUGAACACUUUUCCGUCAGAUAUCUCCCCUUCUCCGUCGAUCUCGCCGGACCUCCGUGUCGGUCGCCGGGAAUUGCGGAGUCAGUGCUGAAGAUUUCGGUGAGGAGAAGACAGAUCUGCCGGAUAAUUUGUUUUGAUUUCAAUUUGGGAGUUUGUGGAAUUCCUGAUUACAUGAGCUUUUUGGUUUGAAAUGGAGGCUGUUCCAAAAUUUUGAUGAGCAAAUGAUAGUUUUUAAUUAAAUUGAACAGUUGAGGGUUCAGACUUGGGAUUAUGGCAACUGAUAUGCAAAGGCUUGUGGGAACGAGUGAGGAUGAUGAAGAAAUGGGAAUGGAUGUGAAGGAUGAGGAUGAUGAUGAAGAUGAUUACGAGGAAAAUGGAGGCGAGCAGAGAAAUGCUUCAGGGAUGGUGGGAAUUGAUGGUGGGAAUGAGAUAGGAACUGCCACUGGUGACAACAGAUUUUCACAGCACCAGCAGUUUCAUGAACAAGUAGGUACCCCUGGUGGAGGUACUCGAAGAUCUAGGCCGGUAGAGGAGAAAGAGAGAACAAAGCUAAGAGAGAGGCGCCGGAGGGCCAUCACUGCAAGGAUCUUGGCUGGGCUUCGCAGGCAUGGCAACUACAAUCUAAGAGUUAGGGCUGACAUAAAUGAUGUCAUUGCUGCUCUAGCAAGGGAGGCUGGAUGGGUGGUUCUUCCUGAUGGUACUACUUUUCCCUCAAGAUCUCAGGUAAUUAUCUUGCAAGAUGGUCAAAAGCCAGCUGGUGGUAAUUCUACAAUCCUCACUUCAUCAUCUCCCCAUGUGGCUUCGCAACAAACUCCAUCCCCUUCUCUCAGGGGAGUUGCUUCUGGCUAUCGGAGCCCUUUAGAGUAUAGUGCAUGUCAAACAAAAGGUGUUUUUAUGCCAACUCCAUCUCCUUAUGAUCUAUCCUCAACUUCCCGAUCUCAAACAUCUAUUGUAGGGGAUGGAGAAGCACAAAGAGACAACCAUCCUCUGAUUGGUGGUUCAAUCGAUAAUGCUGAUGAGAAACAGAUUGCUGACUUGCCUGCUAGAUUACCCGAGCGAGAUUUGGCUGGUACCCCAUAUGUUCCAGUUUAUGUGAUGCUUCCGUUAGGGGUGAUCAAUAUAAAAUGUGAGCUUGUUGAUCCUGAUGGUUUGCUAAAGCAGUUGAGGGUGUUGAAAUCAGAGCAUGUUGACGGUGUUAUGGUAGAUUGUUGGUGGGGAAUCGUGGAGGCCCAUGCUCCACAAGAGUAUAAUUGGAAUGGUUACAAGAGACUCUUUCAAAUGGUGCGAGAAGUUAAGCUUAAGCUACAGGUUGUUAUGUCAUUUCAUGAAUGUGGAGGGAAUUUUGGUGAUGAUGUUUGUAUUCCAUUGCCGCAUUGGGUUGCUGAAAUUGGUAGGAGCAAUCCUGACAUUUUUUUCACUGAUAGAGAGGGAAGGCAUAACCCUGAAUGUCUUUCUUGGGGAAUAGAUAAGGAACGAGUUUUAAGAGGUCGUACUGCUGUGGAGGUUUACUUUGAUUUCAUGAGAAGUUUCCGGGUAGAGUUUGAUGAGUAUUUUGAGGAUGGCUUAAUCUCCAUGAUUGAAGUUGGACUCGGUCCAUGUGGAGAGCUAAGAUAUCCAUCUUGUCCUGUAAAGCAUGGUUGGAGAUAUCCUGGUAUUGGUGAAUUCCAGUGUUAUGAUCAUUAUAUGUUGAAAAGUCUUAGGAAAGCUGCAGAAGCAAGAGGUCACGCUAUUUGGGCUAGAGGACCAGAUAAUGCUGGUACCUAUAAUUCUCAGCCACAUGAAACAGGUUUCUUUUGUGAUGGGGGUGAUUAUGAUGGCUUCUAUGGCAGGUUUUUUCUUAGCUGGUACUCUCAGGUUUUAGUUGAUCAUGGAAACCGGGUACUUUCUCUGGCAAAAUUAGCUUUUGAGGGAUCUUGUGUUACUGCAAAGUUAUCAGGUAUUUACUGGUGGUACAAGACUGCAAGUCAUGCAGCUGAGUUAACUGCUGGGUACUAUAACCCAUGCAAUCGUGAUGGCUAUGCUGCAAUUAUGACAAUGUUAAAGAUAAAUGGAGUUAGCUUAAACAUUCCUUGUGUUGAGUUGCACACAUUAAACCAACAUGAGGGUUUUCCAGAGACAUUUGCAGAUCCUGAGGGAUUAGUCUGGCAAGUGUUGAAUGCCGGUUGGGAUGUUGACCUACCAGUUACUAGUCAGAAUGGAUUUCCUUGCCUAAACAGAGUUAGCUAUAACAAGGUUUUGGAUCAUGCCAAGCCCAUGAAUGAUCCAGAUGGAAGGCACUUUUCAUCGUUUACUUACCUGAGGCUUAGUCCACUUCUUAUGGAACGACAAAACUUCAUAGAGUUUGAACGAUUUGUCAAAAGGAUGCAUGGGGAAGCUGUUCUUGAUCUUCAGGUAUAAACCAUGAAAAAUAGGCUUUGUAUUUGUAAUUCCCCUGACAAAAUGGUUGGGGUAUUCUGCUAAGGAAUAGGAAAAAUAGGAUUGUUAUUUGCUGCGGCACAUAUUUAUUAGUCAUUUAGUUUGACUAGAAUGAGCUUUUGUUCUCCCCCUUCUUUUGGGAUUAAACAACUCACAUAAGAGAUGUAUAAUUUACCCAAGCUACUCAUUAACCUUAUUAGCCAGUGUACAAUUGUUUGUACAACUAUUGCACUUGCAACUUUAUAGCACACCCAUAUAAAUGAUGAUA